UUAGGUGAGGCAACAGGGAAAGACCUUUUCACUGAUACUUUCUGUAAGGUUUGUAGGGCAGUGCUGCUGUUUGAGCCUGACAGGAUGUCACAUUAUAAGGGAGAAAAACGUGCUCAGAACCUUCGUCGUUACGUCCAAAUGCAUGGUGAGAAAGAUGAGAGGCAGGAGCCUGGCAAACAAAUUAAGCUUGCCCUUGUCUGGUUUCAGAUGGAUGAGAGUGGAGUAGAGGACAAAAACAAAUGCUGCGACGUCUGUGGGAUGUUUUUUACUUCCCCUGCUGUUGCUUUGUCUCACUACUUGGGAAAGGUCCACAGGAAAAAGCUGAAGCAAUUGUCAGGAGACCAAGCCCACAUGGCAGCACAGAGCAUGCAGCCUCUUUCUGCUUUACAGAUGCCAUUGGCUGAGAAGCCCUUGCUGCCUUCAGAAGCUGCAGAGUCUUCAUCAUCCUCUGACACAAAGCUGAAUUUAAAUGAUCCAGAGAAGUACUGCAAGCUCUGCUGUGCUCCCUUCAAUAAUCCACUUAUGGCCUGGGAGCAUUAUGUUGGUAAGAGGCACAGAAAAAAUGAAGCACGGCAAAAGGUAUUGAAGAAGCUGGGAGACAGCGCUGUCCCUGCAGAAUUCGUCACAAGUGGCUCUUUCUUUUCAGCAGUUGGAGCUGGUUAUUGUGUGUGCUCUGUGUGUAACAUUGUACUUACAUCGGUACAAAUGUACCACUCCCACAUGAUGGGAAAUAAGCAUCAGAUUAAGUAA